AAAAUGAAAAUGGAAGGUGAAAAGGCUAUUAUGAGAGAUCAUCAGCUAGAACCGAGAGAUACUUUUAAAAUUGCCUACCUGAUCCAUUUCUUGCUUGGUGUUGGCAAUUUGCUCCCAUGGAAUGCUUCGAUCACUGCGGUUGAUUACUUUGGCUACCUGUAUCCGACCAAGCACGUCGAGAAGGUUUUCUCUGUUGCUUACAUGACAUCUUCUGUGCUCGUUCUGGUUCUGAUGAUUGCUUGGGAUGGAUGGUCUAGAAAGAUGAGCUUCAGAUUUAGAAUGAACUUGGGAUUUUCUUUGUUUAUCCUUUCUGUUAUGGUGUCUCCAAUCAUGGACUGGGCUUCGAACGUGACUGGUUCGAACUGGAGACCGAACGAAGUUUAUGGUGUGAUCGUUGCAUCAAUUGUCACCUGCGGUUUGGCUGAUGGCUUGGUAGCAGGAAGCUUGAUUGGAUCGGCUGGCAGGCUUCCAAAACAAUUUAUGCAGGCUGUGUUUGCAGGGACUGCUUCUUCAGGUGUUCUUGUUUCAAUCUUGAGGAUUAUAACAAAGGCUUCGCUUACGCAGUCGCCGAAGGGUCUUCAGAAGAGUGCGCAUUUGUACUUCAUCGUUGGCGCUUCGAUUCUCUUCUGCUGCAUUGUCUCAUGCAACUUGUUGUGCAAGUUGCCAGUGAUGCAGCAUUAUUACAGAGUUCUUCUAGAUGAGCCUCCAUGUUCAAAAGCCAAGUUCUGGACAGUGGUGGGGAAAGUCAGGUGGCCCGCGUUCGGAAUUUUCAUAACUUAUGUCGUUACGCUAUCAAUAUUUCCAGGAUUCAUAGCCGAGGACCUGGAAUCCAAACUGCUUCAAGAUUGGUAUCCCAUAAUACUGAUCACAAUAUACAACAUUGCAGAUUUAGUUGGCAAGUCUCUAACUGCAAUAUACAUCUUGAAGAACAUCAACAAAGCAACAUGGUUCUGCAUCACCAGGAUUCUAUUUUAUCCACUCUUCAUGGCCUGCAUCCAUGGACCAAGGUGGCUGAAGACCGAAUUGCCAGUGAUCGUUCUGACAUUUUUGCUCGGCUUGAGCAACGGAUAUCUGACAAGUGUCAUCAUGAUCAGUACUCCCAAGUUAUUGCCUGCAUCAGAGGCAGAGCUAUCUGCCAUUGUAAUGGUUGUGUUCCUGGGAAUCGGGUUGGUCAGUGGAUCAGUUUUAGGCUGGUUCUGGAUCCUCUGAAGUUGAACCAAAACUCAAUAAAUUAUUUAGUACCCUGUUACAGCAGUUCGCCAAAAUGGUACUACAGGCUAAUAAAAUGUUGUCUUGUCCAAAUUAUCCGGAUGGGAAACCUUUUGCCAAACUUCACAAGAUAAAAAGUGCACAAACAGACAAGAUAAAAGGUCUAACAUUCGAACCACCACCACCCACCACGUUCGACCGUUGAGAAAAGCAAACCAAAUUGUAAGGCAUGAAGAAGAAGAAGCUGACAAGAAAAGUUUUUCACUCAAGUGGCAUCUCUCUCCAUGUUCAAUCUUAGGUAGUAGUAAGUAACAGAUGUAGCAUUAGAAAAGUCUAAGGAUCAGCUGUAGUAGUUUCAUCGUUUCUUUCUUAAAGGUAAAUUCAGGCACUUCGUACCUUCUCUUCUUCAGGUCCCUGUCAUACCCUCCAUGAUUUGAUGCCUUAAACUAACUGAAAGACUCCAAUUUAACAGGGAGAAUCUAGUAACAUUUUCGGUUUAAACUUUUCAGAUCAGAUCUUGAAA